AUGGCCCAUAUCCUACAACAGUACCAGCACCUCGUUCGAUACGCCUACUGGGCAUACAUGAACGAUGAUGGGGCCCAAUUUCGUUCGGCAGCGGCCGACUUGCAUGGCGACGUCAGGUACCGCAAGCUCGACAUCGUCACGCCGUUUUUCAAGGACAAGCUGAAGCCCCUCACCCCCAACACGCACGUCCACCUGGGCAUCAGGGACGACGACACUGUCAUUCUUGCCUUCAGAGGAACCGAUUUCCCCUUUACCAUCGAAAACCUCGUCAAUCUGAAACGGUGGACCCAAUGGCCCAACGCCGACAUCACAUGUCUCACUCUCGGAUCGCCCCGCAUCGGCAACGCAGCGUUCUGCCAACACUUUACCAACAGUCACAUCCUUCUCUACCGCCUCGAGGUGGACGGGGACCCGAUUCCCACUGUUCCGGACCGCUUCACCCAAGCGUUGCCAGGCAAGAUACCCGCCACCCACCCUAACGGUACCGUUGAUGACAGGCGGUACCAUCAUGUGGGCACCCCCGUCAUCUUGCAUGAGGCCAUUGGUGAUAAGGGGCUCAACUCCGUCGACCUUGGCGUUGAGCGCCCGGACAUCACAGCCGAAGAGGAAGCCACCCCUCUUCCAUUGGUACUGAGGGUUCCGUACGAGUUUGGCGGCUUUUUCGUGUACUGGGCCCUGAGAGCCAUGCGCAUGGUGCCGGGUAUCUGGCAGUAUCACGAUCCUGCUGGGUACGAGACGGUUGUGCAGCGGAUUUUAGAGCAGGCGCCUUGUAAGAUACUUUCCAUCGUACUUUUGUAUUGAGGAAUCGAGAUUAACAAUGGGCACCUAGUAGAACCCGCGAAUGCAGCGUGAUUAUGUGGUUUCGAGCGG